AUGGCAUGGACAUGUUCCGGUGUAACCAAUGCCGGUAUGAUUCAACGUUUAGAAGCGGCUUCGCUGUUAGUCACGCCUGCCGUUAUCGAGGCCUUUCGUCGUGUUGAUCGCGGCUGGUUUUUGCCGCAUUCGCCACCCGAAGUGGCAUACAGCGACCAGCCCGUUCCCAUUGGAUACGGCGCAACCAUCAGUGCACCCCACAUGCACGCCAUUAUGGUGGAGAUCAUCGCUCCAUUUCUCCUCCGAACCCCAGAGGGCGUAAAGCCAGCCACGGUGUUGGACGUUGGUAGCGGAAGCGGAUACCUCACAGCCGUCCUUGCGGAACUUUGCAGUGGUAGGGGAGGAACUGUAAUCGGAGUAGAACACAUCUCGGAACUGGUGGUUCGAUCAACAGAAGUGGUGAAUAAGCAUUUUCGGUCGUGGGUGGAGGAAGGGCGAAUUAAGUUCAUUGAAGGAGAUGGUAGGAAUAUAACCGGACUUCUCGGGCAGAAAGUGCCUGACUUUGAUGUUAUUCAUGUUGGAGCUGCUGCGGCAACAGUGCCGCAGGUUUAUAUUGAUGCAUUAAAGCCAGGCGGAUGCCUCGUUAUUCCUGUUGGAAGAGAGGGCGAGGCACAAACUUUGCGCGUUUACACGAAGGAUAUGGACGGUCACAUCUCCUCCACUAACCACGGUGGAGUACGAUUUGUCCCACUGACAUCAGCGAAGCACCAAAGGGGAGGUAUUUAG